UAAUCCAUCAGGAGGUGAUGUGAAAGCAAUCUGUCCGGUUACACCUGUGAUGACCCAUUUCACUGGUGCAAGUCAUCACAACGCUGCAGACAGCAAAUUACGAAGUACAGUAGUUCAUAGUAGUUUGUAUGGUGAGAAAAUCCUCCAGGCGAGAGCUAAAAUUGCUUAUCUUUCUUGCUUUUUUAAAUAUGGCGGUUUAGCGUUUUCAACAUAAUAAAGAGGGCCAUAAUUUCUGUAUUCUCGUCGUACAUUCUUGGCGCUAACCCAGUAUUUAAAAAGUUAUAUAGCGGCGGCGGCAUUUCUUGCGACGUAACAUCCAACGAAAACGCCCGUACAAAAAAUAUAUGCGUGUCUUUGUUGUGGUUUCACCGUGGGGAGGAGGGAAAAAGUACGAGUAGCACCUCUUGUGCCAGCUGAUUCUCACGUUCGCUUUAGGAAAGGUACUGGUGGGGAGCACGGGCGGAUAAAACUGCCCGUUGCUUCUGAUUCGUGGUAGUGUUCGUCGAAAACGACAGCAAGCUGUCAAGCAAAGCAAACGAAAGGCGCUUUUCUUUUCCACUGCUUGAUUGGAGUCUAUCCCUGUCUGCGCUUUUGGGGAACUGGGGGUGGGGAGGUGGGGAGGCCGUCUAGCAAUGUUCGUGCUGGCGUGAGCGUGCUCCCUCCAACCCGUUUCCCAUAUCUCUUCGGACGCGUGGAGAGGUCCCUCCUUCGCAUUCCUGCCUGAAACCCCUUCGUCUCCACCAUGCGUUUUUUGUUUGAAUGCACCAUUGUUCAUUGUUUUUUGGGAGAAAGGGGGGGGGUAAGGUACGCGACGCCUUUUCCUCGGGAGGAGACCGUUGCCUAUUGUUCUCGCCUUCCUGCCCCGCUCUUCCCACCACCACUGAAGUUGUGCGACAGACACCCUCGCUGCUUUGUGUGUGACUGGCGACUGCCGUGUGUGUGUGUGGAUGUGAGUGUGCGCGCACACGAAGGGGAGGGGGCAGCUGGAGCGCAAUGCGCGCUGCUGACGCCGGGCCGGCUUGGGCCCGCCGGGGAGCGAGCGGAGAGGGGAAAGAGGCCGCGCCGGUGCUGCUCAGCCUCGGCGCCCGCCUUCUUCUCGGCAGCCGCCGCUUCUUCUCCGAGCCCCGUGGUCUCCGGCCUCCGCAAGGCGAUGGGCCUCGAAGCGCAGCCCCCUCCGCCGCCGCCACCACCACCGAGCUCCCGCCGCCUGAGGCGAGGGAGCGACAGCCGCAGACGAGGCUGAGGAAGGCCAGGCCCGUCAGGCCGGCGGAGGCGGCCCCGUUCGUUGCGUGUGGAAAGUUUCGGUUGGUGGGCUAGAAGCGGAGAGCGGGGCGCGUGAGGCGCGGCCGGCGAGAGAAGGGAUGGGAUCUCGGCCGCCGCAACUGCCGCCUUGCCGGGGACGCUGAGGGGGGGAGCUGCGGGAGGAGGGGCUGCGGCGAGGCGGGCGGGCGGCUGGCCCCCGCCUGCCUGCCAUUGAUCGCCCCUUCCCGUCCGAGCGCGGCCAUCGCGGCCGCCCGGGUGGGCGGGCCGCCUCCGCCAGGAUGAUCACAAAUACGCGCGGCUUCCUGUGGUCGGACCUGGAGACUCGGGCUCUGCUGGAGAUCUGGGGGGAAGCGGACGUGCAGAGCGCCCUGGACGGCAACUUUCGCAACAGCCAUGUGUACCGGGACGUGGCUUGCCGCCUGGCCGAGCUGGGCUUCGAGCGCACCCCGGAGCAGUGCCGCAUCCGCAUCAAGGGCCUCAAGCGCCAGUACUACCAGGCCCGGGAGGGGCUCAAGAAGAACGGGCACGCCAGGAAGAUCUGCAAGUACUACGACGAGAUGGACCGCAUCCUCAGCGGGAGGGCCGGGGCGGCAGGCCUCGACGACAGGCCUCUCAGCCCCGCGGCCGGGGGGGACCCCGGGUGCCGGCGGAGGCAGCAGCACCAUCUGCAGCAGCAGCACCCCGGCGCCCUGGCCGCCUCCGCCAUCCUCGCCGCCGCCGCCUCCGCCGCGCCCCCUUCCGCCAGGCCCGGCGGGGCUUUGCUUCGCGAGGUGGAUGCGGAGGAGGAAGACGAGGACGAGCUGGACGAGGAAGGCGGCGAGCUGCUGGAGUCCCCCCCGAGGGACAACUUCCACGACCACGAGGAGUCCGGGGAGUGCUCCUCCUACGCCGAGCACGCCAUCAAAGUGGAGUGCCCGCCCUUCGCCAUCCCGCUACCGCCGGCAGAAGGUUUUAAACAAAUUAAUGCUCACACCAAUGCACCACCCUUAUUAUCUCAGGCUAAAAGAUCAAAAAAACGCCAUGCAAACUUAACACUGGACAAAAUGAUGGAGAAGUUUCUGCAACAAAGUAUGGAUACCGAAGAGAAAUUUUACAAAUAUGAAGAGCAGAGGCUUAAAAUCGAAGACAAACGGCGUGAAGCUGAACACGCCAGAGAGCUCCAGAUGUUGCAGAUGUUGGGACAGAUGUUAGCAGGGAUUUCUUCCACAGUUUCACAAAGGUCCCAGUAUAUACCUAGCAAUCCUUCACAGAGAUCAAAUCACCAAUCAUACGGAGAUAAUUUUAACUUUAAUUCUAUGUCCACGUCACUUUCGCCACCCAUAGUUAUAGAAAGAUCUUUCUCAGUGCACAAAACACAUUCUGUAAAGGAAAUGGAGAAUAUAUUUCAACUGGUGCGGAAUGUUAUUCCUCCUCUAACUGCCAAAAAGCAUAAAGGCCAAGAUGGACGAAUAGGAAUUAUUGGAGGAUGCCAAGAGUAUACAGGGGCACCAUAUUUUGCUGCAAUUUCAGCUCUCAAAGUGGGUGCAGACAUAUCCCAUGUAUUUUGUACCAAAGACGCAGCAACUGUAAUAAAGUCUUACAGCCCAGAGCUGAUAGUUCAUCCUGUUCUUGACAGCCCUGAUGCUGUUCAUGAAGUGGAAAAGUGGCUCCCACGUCUACACUCGGUUGUUAUCGGACCUGGAUUGGGUAGAGAUGAUGUACUGCUUGAGAAUGCCAAGGGUAUCAUAGAAAAAUCGAAGAUCAAAGGAAUUCCUAUCAUAAUUGAUGCUGAUGGUUUAUGGCUAAUUGCCCAGCAGCCAUCUCUCAUUCAGGGUUACCCUCGAGCGAUUCUUACUCCAAAUGCCAUGGAGUUCAGCAGACUGUAUGAAGCUAUGCUUAGGGACCCUGUCGAUAGCAAUGAUCAUCAUGGAUGUCUGCUAAGGCUCAGCCAAGCCUUGGGGAAUUUGACAAUUGUUCAGAAAGGAGAACGUGAUCUUAUUUCAGAUGGAGAAAAAGUGCUUGUAUGCAGUCAUGAAGGAAGCAGCAGAAGGUGUGGUGGACAAGGUGAUCUCCUCUCAGGUUCUCUUGGAGUCCUAGCACACUGGGCCUUUCUUGCUGGACCAGAAAAAACAAAUGGUCAAAACCCCUUCCUAGUGGCUGCAUUUGGAGCAUGUUCACUUACGAGGCAGUGCAACAACCAAGCCUUUCAAAAGUGUGGACGGUCUAUGACAGCCUCUGACAUGGUUUUAGAAAUUGGAGCAGCCUUUAAUAAACUCUUUGAAACCUAAGACCAAAGCAGCAGAGGAAGGAGAAAUACACAACAUGGACAGCAACGGAAAUUACAGUAGGAUAUCCAUGCGUAAUGCACCCUUUUUCAAGUGCUGUUAGCGGUCUUGGUAUACUAGGUAGCUUUUAUUUUUUAAAAUAGAAAAAAUGUAGAUAUUUUUAAAAGAGUUUGGAAUACAAUUUUUUUGGCUGAAUAAGCUGUAGUUGCAGAUGUUAUAAUAUAAUAAAACUAAACUGAAAGUA